AAAUAUCCAAAGCGCUGGGAACGCGAAAUUAAGGCUGGCCAGAGCGUGCUGCAUCCUAAUGUCUUGCAAUUUUUGGGUUUCUGCAAUAAUCCUGAUCCUGAGUGUUCGGAAUUCAAAGGCCUAGUCCUGCCUUUCUGUGUGCAUGGAGAUGCAAGGAAGUACACAGACCGUCAUCCUAAUGCUGACCGGAUGAGUAUUGUGCGUCCUAUGGUUCUCUCUGUACAUCACAACACUCGCAUUCUCCACUCGCAGCAAAAUGUUCUAAUUGGCAGCAAUUGUCAACCUCUGCUCUCUGACUUUGGCCUUUCUCGCAUAUGUGAGACAAAGGGAUUUACUACUCGGACCUUCAAUAACUCAAUCCGCUGGACGGCUGCAGAACUAGUGAGGUCAUCUGUCCAUGAUGAUACACUGGUUCGAGCGACUACAGCUUCGGAUGUCUGGUCAUUCGGAAUGCUAAUCCUGGAGGUAAGUAAAGUCAGUUUACGAAAUCCGUAUAAAAACGAGUAA